AGCAUCACACUGGGCUACAGCCUGUCGUUCCUCAAACUGAUCAAUCUCUGGUUCAAUCGUCGAAAGUUGUACACCAUUCUGGAUACGAUGGACAAAGACUGGAGCGACGGGAGCGCGGUCCAUUCGGACGUAUCCACGAUGAUCAGACACGCCAACUUGUCUCGUCAGUGUUCCAACGUAAUGAUCACCACGAAUGCAUUAGCCGUGUUUUUUUACGUGAUCGGCGGUCCGAUACUCCGCUCGAUGAUUCAAAAGAACGAUCGCGAAAGUUCGACCCGCGAGCUGCCCAUCAAGAUGGAAUUCCCUUUUAAGAUCGAUAAUUCUCCGAUAUUUGAGCUGAUAUUGAUAGCCCAAUUCUUUCAUGAUUUGUCGGUAGCCUGUAUCAUCGCUAUGUUGAACGCUUUGCUCGUUACGCUGGUACUACACGUAAGUGGGCAAAUUGAUAUUAUGCGGCAAGGUUUUGUGGAAAUUUCGUCUAAGAAGCAUACGUCAAGAUCUUCUUUGGCUGUUAUUAAAGAUUUAGUUAACAGACAUCAGAGAAUCAUCGAUUUAUCAGACAAUAUCGAAGAUCUUUUCUCAAACAUCGCGUUGCUGCAGUUCAUCUGGAAUACUUUGGUCAUCUGUUGCAUAGGCUUUGUCAUCGUAAUAUCUAUCGGCACGGAGGAAGGCGCUACGAUGAUAACAAAGUCCCUCAUCUUUUACGUCGCGAUAACUCUCGAGGCGUUCGUAUUUUGCUACGCCGGGGAAUAUCUCAGCGCCAAGAGUAAAUCCAUCAGCGACGCUGCGUACGAGUGCCUCUGGUACGAGCUGACGCCCAGCGAGUGCCGGGUCUUGAUGUUCCUCAUGCUGCGAUCGCAGAAACGAUUGACCAUCACCGCGGGCAAGAUAACUGAUCUGUCCUUGGAAGGUUUCACGACCAUUAUGAAAUCGUCCGCGUCGUACAUAUCCGUGUUGAGUGCAUUAUAUUAAAGAAGAAUGAAAAGUUGCAUUUGGAUAUAAG